ACGCUGUCACGUUGAGAACGCAACCCGCCACGCCACGCGAAUUCCUGCACGGUGUCGAAAACACUACGCGGAAAAAUCUGCGGCAAGGAUGUCAAACUUUGACAAACUCCCAGCUACAUAGUUCUUCAACUUGUGGAUGUUGUGCAAAUGGUGUUUCACGUGCUGAGUGUACAACACUCUUUUUUGAAGUUUGCUGUGCUUUUAAUCCAUCUACUGGCGCAAAACGGUUAUAACUGUCGCGGGAAGUUUAUAAACCAGAUUUUACCUUAUUUACGCAUACAUUCUUCACAUAUCCUUUGAAUUAUUUUCUUUUCCUCCACAAUAUCAACCACAAAAUUACAAAAAACGCAAUUUUAAACAAAAACUUACGUAAAACACAUCAGAAAUACAUAUAUUAAGUGUGAAAUUAUUGCCCAAUGCACAUAUUUAAAUAAUGACUUAAUCAAUUUACACUGAUUGCAUAAUUGUCGGAAAUAUCAAGCAUUUAUCACGUCGAGAUUGAACCGGUGAGCACGCGAGUUUGAUUUGUGCAUGUGUGAACGGUGCGGGCGUGCGUCAGUGCGAAUUGAGUGUGCAACGGGUUAAUUAAUUGGAAAGUGCCAAAACAGUGUGCCCGCUAAAGUUUCACCCCUUUGUGAACAUUACAUAAUAAGUAGUCCUGCAGACGAUUUUGAUUACAACACGUUUGUUCGAUUCAGGGUUCAAUUUGGCAAGUUGCAUGCAACAUGAAAAUUCCGUGUAAAAUUUCCGUUGUUGAGCAAAACUUGUACAUGUGAAGGAUAAUUGCGUGUGGGAGAGAGCGAGUUUCGGCAUCAUCAUGACUGUGCACAGUUGGAUCGUCUUCACGGUGAUAGUAGCAACUUGCUGCUGCGGUGGAAUUUAUGGUAACCAUCGACGGAGAGAACGAUUAAAUCGUUAUUUUCCAGAUAAAGAUAAAGACAAAGAUGAUCUCUUAUCAGCACUUGGUAAAAAUCACAAAUUUGACACAGGACCAAAUUCGGUGUAUCAAACUGUGGAUGUAAAACCAUCCAGGUUUUUCCUCAGUCCAAAUCACACAAAAGUUCACGCGCAAACAAGGACGACGGCUGUUCUUCAUUGUGAAGUUACUGAUAUUGGAAAUUGCACGGUCACUUGGAAGCGGAUACGGGACUAUCAAAUAUUAACUUUUGGUCUGUUGACCUACAGCAGCGACAGCAGAUUUUUCGCUCGCAGUGGUAAAAGUGGCAAGGAUUGGUCGCUGCACAUCAGAUACGUGGACACAGAUGACGCCGGCGUAUACGAAUGCCAAUUGUCUUCCCAUCCUCCGGCGAGUGUUUAUGUGGAAUUACAAUUAGUAGAAGCGCACGCUGAAAUAAUUGGCGGACCGGAUAAGAUCGUCAAGUCUGGGUCGCCGCUGUUGCUCAGCUGUGUCCUGAAGCGUAGCACAGAGGCGCCGGAAUAUAUCUUUUGGUAUCAUGGCGAUCGUAUGAUCAAUUACGAUCUGGGCGGCGGGGCGGCGGUGCGCCACGGGCGGCAAGGCAGCGAGUUACUCAUCCCUAGCGCUGAAGUUCGCCAUGCCGGAAACUACUCAUGCGUGCCGUCAAACGCACGUCCGGAUAGUGUCAAUGUUCACGUCCUUCACAGUGAAAAACCAGCUGCAAUGCAGCACGGAAGCAAAAACUCAUCUACAUCCUCGCAUUCUUCAAGACAAAGUACACAAAAACAACACCUGCUGGUGAUGUAUGUCCUGCUACCUGUGAUAAUGCACAGAUGACCGUUUUAAAUCUAUUAAUAUGAAUGGAUGGAAUGUUAAUGCGCUAGCAGUGCGGGAAUAUGCCAGGAAUGUAAUCAAAACGGAUAAUAAUGACGAGAGCUAUACUAAGCUAAGCAAAACAAACUCAAAUUAAGCCAAACUAACACAUUAGCUUAAAUAAUGAAAGAAAAAUGACAAUUAUCAUGGUUGUUUUGCUAAUAAACUAUAAAAUGAAAA